AAUUAUAAUAUUAAUUUUUUUGGCUCCAUACAGAAUGCAAGAGAAAGAAGCUACCAUUGGUCUCUCAUGGGCUCCAAAAGUGCCGAUGUUUUCUGCUGGAAAGAAGGGCAACUCGGUGCAUUCACUUAGUUUACCAGAAACUUCUAUCUGGAAGGCUGACAGUGAACUUGUUGAUGGGUUGUAUGUGCCGCCAAGGGAGCCAAAAAAGUUGAAUAAGUUGCUGAAGAAAAGUAUGAAAGACACGACAGGAAAAAAUUGGUUUGAUAUGCCAGCUCCAGUAGUCACCCCAGAGCUAAAAAUGGACCUUGAAAUUCUGAAG